CUGCAGAGCACUGGGUGGAGUGAGAUGAUGUUCUGAGAACUCCCCAAAACAAAGGAGAUUUUAGGGCAGGCUACUGAAGAGCAUGAUCGUCCGGCUGCAGUCCUGUCCGAGUCACCCAGGUGACUGGAACUUGCAAGCCCAAAUCAGAGCUCUCAGCAGCCCCUCCCUACUUGUCUGAACUAGGACAGAGAGAGUAAAGACUUGUACUUAAGUCUAGAAAGUUGAAUGAAAUAGCAAAACGACAAGACAUCUGCCAUUGCAGGAGCUCAGACGAAACGCAGCAAGCUGUGCAGGGAGAAGGCUUGCUUCAAGGCAAAAAGUACGCAUGGGGAAAGGGGAGUGAGGGCGGCUCCGAGGGCAGGCGCCCCUGGAGGCUUGGGAUUCUGUCUUUCACGGCUUUCAAGAGCGGGACAGAGGGUCAGGCUUAGCAUGUGGUCUGAUGUCUCUCCUGUGAGGGACGUUAUGUCACCAUCCACAGUCUGUCCUCUAGAUACUCUGUAAGAUAAACUGAACACAGGAAUUCAGUGAUCCUGUUCUCCAAGAUAGUGGUGACCCUCCAGCACUGGGAACACAGCAUCUAGGACUACUUGUCCUGCUUUAAGAUAAGGUCAGUUGUUGGCUUAUUACCAUAAAAUAUGUAAGGAAUCUUACCUCCUAACUCCGUGGAUUUUUAAAAUGGAACCUUAGCCUGAAGAUGGGGCCCCUCCUGUUCCUACUACACUGUUCAUAUCUUGGCAUUUUUCAUCAUAGGCAGGAAAAGUUACCCGUGAUGCUUGUCCCACGUCCGCGCUCUACCUUCACAGUGCCAGUGCCGUUCCCGGAGGAAGCCAGAGUCAGCCAAGGCCUCUGACACACCGCUGCAGCCAUGGUCCAUGGGUACAAAGGAGUCAAGUUCCAAAACUGGGCGAAGACUUACGGCUGUUGCCCCGAGAUGUACUAUCAGCCCACAUCUGUGGAGGAGAUCAGAGAGGUGCUGGCCCUGGCCAGGCAGCAGAACAAGAGGGUGAAGGUGGUGGGCGGUGGCCACUCGCCCUCGGACAUCGCCUGCACGGACGGCUUCAUGAUCCACAUGGGCAAGAUGAACCGGGUCCUCCAGGUGGACACAGAGAAGAAGCAGGUGACUGUGGAGGCUGGCAUCCUCCUGGCUGACCUGCACCCACAGCUGAAUAAGCAUGGCCUGGCCUUGUCCAACCUGGGAGCCGUGUCAGACGUGACCGCAGCUGGUGUCAUUGGGUCCGGGACGCACAACACGGGCAUCAAGCACGGCAUCCUGGCCACCCAGGUGGUGGCGCUGACCCUGCUGACGGCUGACGGAACCGUUCUGGAGUGCUCCGAGUCCAGCAACGCAGAGGUGUUCCAGGCCGCGCGGGUGCACCUGGGCUGCCUCGGAGUCAUCCUCGCCAUCACCCUACAGUGUGUGCCCCAGUUCCAUCUGCAGGAGACCACCUUCGCCUCGACCCUGAGAGAGGUUCUUGACAACCUGGACAGCCAUCUGAAGAAAUCGGAAUACUUCCGCUUCCUCUGGUUCCCACACAGCGAGAAUGUCAGCAUCAUCUACCAGGACCACACAGACAAGACCCCCUCGUCUUCUGCCAACUGGUUUUGGGACUAUGCCAUUGGAUUCUAUUUACUGGAGUUCCUACUCUGGAUCAGCACCUUCCUGCCGGGCCUCGUGGGCUGGAUCAACCGCUUUUUCUUCUGGCUUCUGUUCACCGGGAAGAAGGAGAGCAGCGACCUCAGCCACCGGGUCUUCACCUACGAGUGUCGCUUCAAGCAGCAUGUCCAGGACUGGGCCAUCCCCAGAGAGAAGACCAAAGAGGCUCUGAUGGAGCUGAAGGCCAUGCUGGAGGCCCAGCCCAAGGUGGUGGCCCACUACCCCGUGGAGGUGCGCUUCGCCCGGGCGGACGACAUCCUGCUGAGCCCCUGCUUCCAGAGGGACAGCUGCUACGUGAACAUCAUCAUGUACAGGCCCUAUGGCAAGGACGUGCCACGGCUGGACUACUGGCUGGCCUAUGAGACCAUCAUGAAGAAGGUGGGCGGCAGGCCCCACUGGGCCAAGGCCCACAAUUGUACCCGAAAAGACUUUGAGAAAAUGUAUCCUGCCUUUCCAAAGUUCUGUGCCAUCCGAGAAAAACUGGACCCCACAGGGAUGUUCCUGAACACGUAUCUGGAGAAGGUGUUCUACUGAAGCAGAAAUGGAAAACAAGUCCAGCCCACCCCCUCCCAUCCCCCAGGCCCACCUGCGGUGGGUUGAAGGCUCGGUACCUGGCCUGCUGGGGACAGCCCUCUCCUGCCAGGCCGUCUGCCACAGCACCCCCAGCCCCUCCUCCCCAUGGCAAUGAGCCCCAUAUGGGCAGGGCUCUGGCUUUCCUACCUCCUGUAUCUUCAUAGCACCCCCAUGCAGGAAAGAGCACCCAAAUCUUCAUUUACAUCUCCACAUGGCACCCGCUUUUCCUGAGCCUCCAAUCACCACUCCUUGUUUCCCCCAGGAAAAUGAGAAGCCCCCAAAUCUUGUUUGUUUAGGAGGUCAGAGAUUCAGCCAUCAUGCCGGGCUCUGCCUGCUGACUGGGUGUCCAUAGCCCCUGGGGCCCCUUUCCAGCUCUCCUAGGCAGGGGGUCCCACUAGCGUGUGUUUGGCACAGAAGUUGGGUGUACUGUACUCUGCUUUCUCUCACCCUUGAGGGUCUUCCAGAUGUUCAGGGGACAGCCCGCCUCCCCUCAGAUUGCCCUUUCUAGAUUUCUGCCUGUCCAUUUGACCUCCCGUAGCCUGGCUUUCAGCGUGUCCACUUCAGGGCAUGUUUGGCAAGUGGGACUCUCCUUGCCUUCUUUUUAAUAAAGACCAAGAAUUAUUCACUCUCUGCUCCCUCCCCUUCAUCUCCAGGUAAUCCUUUGGGAGCAGGAGGCUCCCUCAUUGCCUGGCUUCCCUCCAGACGUAGUGGGUCUGGGGCCUGCCUACAAAAUGCUCUCCACAUUCCUCGCGCAAACUUAGCUUCAACUUGCCUUUGACGUACCACACUUUGUGGCCAUUCUUUCAUGAAGCAUUCAUUGAAUAUUAAGCGCUAAGUGCUUUGGGGGAAUUACAAGAAACAUUAAGACAGGUUUCUGGCCUCAAGAAGUAUAUAUUCUAAUCAUAUAUCCUAUGAGGUUAAUAUCCAUAAUCUAUAAAGAACUCCUACAGGUCAAGUCAAGACCAAACAAUCAAAAAAUGAACCAAGGACUUGAAUUCACAUCUCCCCAAAGAAGACAUACAAAUGGCCAAUAAGCACAUGAAAUGAUGCUCCACAUCAACAAUCAUUAAGGAAAUGCAAAUAAAACCACAAUGGGAUAUCACUUCAUACCCAUUGGCAGCAUUAUUCCUUAAAAAAAGCAAACAGGCAGAAAAUAACAAGUAUUGUCACAGACGUGGAGAAAGUGGAUUGCUGUGUGUUGCUGGUUUGAAUGUAAAAUGGUGCGACCACCCUGGAAAACGGCGCGGUACUUCCUCAAAAAAUUAAACACAGGACUACUACAGGAUCCGGCAAUUCCAGUGCUUGGGCAUACACCCCGAAGAAAUGAAAAUAGGGGCUCAAACAGAUAUUUAUAUACCCAUGUUCAUAGCAGCAUUACUUACAAUAGUCAAAAUUACAUGCAAUCAAGUGUCCAUACAUAGGUGACUAGAUAAGCAAAAUGUGAUAUACAUAUAGGUAUAUAGACAUUUAUAUAUAGACAUAUAUCUAUAUAGAGAAAGAGACACAGUGGAAUUUUAUUCAGUCUUAAAAAGGAAGGAAAUUUUGACACAUGCUACAACAUGGAUCAAUCUUCAGGACAUUGUGCUGAGUAAAAUCAGCCGGUCACAGAAGGGCAAAUAUUGUGUGAUUCCACUAAUAUGAGUCCCUAGAGCAGUCAGAUUCACAGAGAUAGGACAUGGAAAGGGGUUUGCCAGGGGCUGGGGGAAGAAGGAAUAGGUAGUUAUUAUUUAAUGGGGACUGAGUUUCAGUUUGGGAAGAUGAAAGCUUUUGGAGAUGGGUGUGGUCAGGUGAUAGUUGCACAACAAUGUGGAUGUACUUAGUGCCACUGACCUGUGCACUUAAGAAUGACUAAAAUGCUGAAUUUUAUGUUACAAAGUUUUUUACCCCAAGAAAAAUAAUUUAUAUGUUAGUUUAGAGAAACAGGAUUAAUGUGCAUGGAUGUUAAAUAACAAUACCAGGAAGAAUAAGAUGAAGUGUCGGGGACAUAAGCUAAGCCAUGCAGACGGGCCAGCCCACCUGGCCGCCCUUCCUCUGGGAGGCUGGCUCAGCCAGGAGACCACGUUCAGAGAGUGAACCUUUCUGCAAGACCAGCUGUGCAAUUCUCAGAGCAAAACAAUGAAGAAUUUCAAGAGAGUGACAGCAGAGCAUUAAACCAGGCUUGGGGUCCUUCUGAGGACUGCACAGGUCAUGUCCCCAAGAAACGGCCCUGCUUGAAAGUUUGUGUCGUAAGGCUUGGUGGCUAGUUUUACAUGCCAGCUUAUAGAUUCAAGGACCGAGUUAUUUAAUUUGGUGCGGCUCUGAAGAUAUUUGUACAUGUGGUUAAUAUCUACAAACAUUUGACUUCAAGUAAAAGAAAGAAAUGAUCCUUGACAAUGUGGGUGGGCCUUGUGCAAUCAGGUAAAAGGCCUUAAAAGCAAAAAUUGAGGUUUCUGGGAGAAGACAAAACUCCACCUCAAGAGCUCCUUACUCAGUUUCCAGCCUAGGGGGGCUGCCUCACAGAUUUCAGGCUUGGGAAAUCAUCUGAGCCAAUUUCUUGAAAUAAGUAAAAAAAAAAUUGAAUCUAUUUCUUUAAAGGAACCUGACUGGUAUAUAAGGAAAGAGACCGAUGGGUGAAAUUAAUGAAAAGCAUAGCAAGCUAAACCCUGAAGCUUUGGAAAUCAGAGUUCAACAUCUCUCAUGUUUUACAGAUGAGAAAACCAAGGCUCAGAGAGGCCAAGGAAGUUGUCCAAUGUCACACAGCAUGUUAGGAAAGGCAGUAUCUUCAAACAGCUACCAAAGUAUGUCUCACAGCCUAUAUCUUCAAGAGCUUGAAUUUAAUUUUUAAAAUCUA